AUGCCUAUCCAGAUGACCGAAGAUGAUGUUUCUCGCAUCCAGGCCAGCCAGGACAAGGGCGGGAAGGACAUGUCCUCGGGCGGUUUCGCCGCCAGAGCCCAGGGCGCGGGCGACAGAAACGCCAAUGCCGGGGUCGGUGGCCAGGGACAGGGCGGUGCUGGCGCUGGUCAGGGAGGACAGCAGACUGGAAAGAAGUAG